AUGUUGCCAGAAGGAUUUCUUGAUCGGACAGAGAAGAAAGGGAAAGUUGUAGGAUGGGUCCCGCAACUGAAGGUUUUAUCCCACGAGGCAAUCGGGGGAUUCGUGUCACAUUGUUGUUGGAAUUCGAUACUCGAAAGUAUAUGGUGUGUGGUGCCUAUAGGAACAUGGACAUUGCAUUCUGAGCAACAAAUGAAUGCAUUUCAGUUAGUUAAAGAAGUAGGAGUUGCAGUGGCAAUCAGUUUGGAUUACUGCGAAAGGACUAAAGAUCAGCCAAUGGUAACUGCAGACGCCAUAGAAAAAGAGAUUACAGAAUUGAUGGAAAUUAAUACAGUAGUAAGAGAAAAGGCAAAGGAAAUGAAGGAGAAGAGCAGAGCUAGCGUAAUCGAAGGCGGAUCGUCUUAUUUGUCCCUUGGCGAACUCAUAGAUGAACUACUGAAAAAUGCAGCUUUGUAA